AAGCGCGCGAGCGGCGCGCCGGCCCGCAAUCCUCCCCGAGCCGCCGCGCCGCGAGGACCUCCCACGCCGCCGCAGCGCACCCUCGCUCCCGCCGUGCUUUCAAGUUGGCGCGUUCCAGUUCGCCGGACCAUUCGCCGCGCAGGCGCCUAGCUCUAUGCCACGCGAGGUCUCGAGUACUUAGCCGCCCCCGAUUCGCGCGUCUUCGCGCCCUCCGAAGAGCCAUGUGCCUUAAGUCGAGCAUGGGAGUCGAAGCCGCGGACGCGAUCGUCCGGCAGCAGGCCGGCCUUAUCAAGGCCAAGGAGAAGUACGUCAAGCUGCACGACGAGAUGGUCACCCGCGAGCUCGAGAUCAUUGGCCAGAAGCAGGCUGGUUCCCUCUGCCUCGUGGACGUCGCCAAUUACUUGCUCGCCACCAGCAGCGUAAAGUACGGCGCGCUGCUCGACGCCCUCCAGAGACACUACGUCGCCGUGCAGCGGUCCAAGACAUACAAGAUCCUCUUCCACACGGCUCAGCCAGCCCACGUGAUAAUGAUAGCGGCGGUGCUCUGCGUGAUGUCCGCUCUCGUCCCGACGACCGAAAGGGUUAACGCCGCGGGUCAUCCACAUUCGCGAACGACGUCCUUUAUCUACCUGGCCUCCUUCGUCAUGCACGUCGGGGCUCAAAUUUGGAUGACCUUCGUCUCGGGCCUCUCCUUGUACUUCGCCCUGCCGCGACAUACAUUCGGAGAGGUACAACGAGUACUUUUUCCAAGGUACUUCACGCUGAAUGCGUGCCUCAGUCUGACAACGCUCCUUAUAUUCGUGAAGCAUCAUCCUGCCCAUACGUGGGACACCGAAGUAGCCAUUCAGGUCGGCGGGAUGUCGGGUGCCUUCUUCUUGGAGCUGUUGAUUCGCCUCUACCUGACGCCGCCGUUGUUGCACCUGAUCGUCCAGAAGAACACCCUGGAGCGUGCCGCAGGCGUCGGGAACGAGAUCGGCCGGCACAAUCCAGGACCUCUUAAGCAUUGUCCUCACUAUUUGAAGAUCCACGCCGCGUUCCGGCGCGUCCACGUCUGCAUAGCCAUGGGGAACAUGCUCACAAUGGCGUGCACCGUUCUACACCUUCAUUACAUCGCUAGCAAAUUGUGUGUCUUGUAACGAGUCUGGGAAGAAGGACCUAGGGGAAGGUGCCCCGGUGCCAUUAUCCUGGUUGACUCCUCUGAUGGUUGUAAUCGCUUCCUGAAUUUGGAAAAGUGACGACACUCUGACCAUCCUGGACAAUUGGACAGGGCGAAUCGCGUGGGGUACUCGAAGUUGCAUUUCUCUGGAUUUUAAUUUGUUUGUUGCGUCGUUGCCUCUCGUGUCACUUUAAAAAACGGGAACUCGUUCCUUGAUCUAAUAGUUUGCAGCAGGACGAGCGUUAGAAAUCGGCGUUGAGGAUUCAGAGAGAUAAAGCCGUAGGUCAGGGUUGAUCCAAAGUGAUUCGGCAGGACUUAACUCGAUUAAUAAUUAUCGGGCUUGAUAAUACGCUCCUAUUUUGACGUCGGAGGUGACGUUGAAGACGUUGAAGACGUAGUUUGGCAUUUGGGGAUUUAGAUCUGAUCUGGGGUUGAUACUGUACCCGUCAAGAAAUGCAUUAUUAUUUUUUUUUUAUUUUAGUUGUCUAACGAGUGCUUCUCGUUAUUCCCGACUCCUGCAGUCUUAUGAAUUAAUUGCUCCAUUUUGCUCAUCUUGAAGUGGGGGGUAUAAACAAAUGUGUUCAACGUAUGAAUGUUUAGAUUGACUUAAGUUUGCCCUUGCCAAAUCUGAUACGGCUAAAUGAACAUUGCUCUACAGUUCAUUUUCCCCAAUCGAGGCUCUUCCUCCUUGGCUGCAAUACUCUCUCUCUCUCUUUCGAAUCUAUAACUGCUCUGUAUCAGAGUUAACGAGAUAUUUAUUUAACUAACAGUAAUAAAUGUUCGUUGAAGCUCGGAAUGUCUCUCUCGCAAGUUUCGACGGAUUUUAGAUCGAUAUUUAAUGUUAUGAAAUUAUAUAAAUUGACUGAUACGUUAAUUUAUGCACGCGAACCUCAUCUCUGUAAAUAACACAUUGUGCCUCAUCGAAGAUGUAUAAAUAGUAGGAGAUUUCAAUUGUCAGUAUAAUCGUAGCUUUUUCUAUUAAAAGAAGGAAAUUAAUGCUG